AUGUCCUUCAAUCAACCAAGGUCCGAUAAAAGCGAGCAACAAUACCGAAAAUCCGGGCGAUCCGCCAGCUCUAAUCAGCAGCGGACCUCCUCAGGCGCUUACGGUAAGGGCGCUGGCGGCGGGCCCGCCCCUUCACCGUCUCUUUCCUCGUCUUCUUCUUUAUCUUCCAAUCGAAGUUUGAGGAAGUCUAACAAUGCACAAGGAGGGCAAUCUAGGGUAAAUUCACCGGCUGUGAAUCCUUCGGAGUCUACUAAUGCUUCUGCCGCCCGAAACAUACAGAAUGGUGCACAUGUACUGCCCCAGUUACAGGGAGCAUCUGAUGCACCGGUUGCAAGCGGUGCUGCCAAGCCAGUUGAAUCGCCUGCCACUCAGAGAAGCACCCGAGCUGUUCCAAAGGCUCCAACUUCUCAAUCUGCCGCCAUGAGUUCUGAUGGUAGUUUUCCCACAACCCCCGCAAAAGGAGAUGCAUCCAAAGCAUUCUCUUUGCAAUUUGGGUCCAUAAGUCCUGGUUUCAUGAAUGGAAUGCAGAUUCCAGCACGGACUAGCUCAGCACCCCCAAAUUUGGAUGAGCAGAAACGUGAUCAGGCACGCCAUGAUUCUUCUUUUAGAUCUGUACCAAAUUUGCCUGCUCCCAUCCCUAAACACCAGUUACCAAGAAAGGAUUCAGUUGCAGCUGACCAAUCUAAUUCGGGGGAGCCUCAUCCGGUGCCCAAGGUCAAAAAAGAUGCACAAGCCUCUGUGGCAUCCCCUGCAAACCUGGCACAGAAGCCUUCCCUUCUUAAUAUGCCCAUGACUUCUAUGCAGAUGCCAUUUCAUCACCAGCCCCAGGUUUCCAUGCAGUUUGGUGGGCCUAAUCAACAGAUUCAGUCUCAGAGUGUUACUGCUACUUCAAUUCAAAUGCCGAUGCAUAUGCCAUUACCUAUGGGAAAUGCACCUCAGGUACAGCAGCAAGUCUUUGUUCCAGGUCUUCAGGCUCAUCCACUGCCACCUCAGGGAAUGAUGCAUCAGGGUCAGGGCUUGAGUUUCACACCACCCAUGGGUGGACAGCUUGCUCCCCAGUUGGGAAUGGGCAUGGCCCCUCAGUAUUCUCAGCCACAGGGAGGGAAGUUUGGGGUUCCUCGUAAAACCACUCCUGUUAAGAUUACUCACCCAGACACGCAUGAAGAACUAAGGCUUGAUAAACGAACAGAUACAUAUUCUGAUGGUGGGUCAUCAGGUCCAAGGUCUCAUCCUAAUGUGCCUUCUCAAUCGCAGCCAAUUCCAUCUUUUGCACCUUCUCAUUCAAUUAACUAUUUUUCCAAUUCUUAUAAUCCCAAUUCCAUGUUUUAUCCACCGCCAAGUUCUCUGCCAUUGUCUAGUAGCCAGAUAACUCCCAAUUCCCAAGGGCCGAGAUUUAACUAUACUGUUAGCCAGGGUCAUCAAAACAUAUCUUUCAUAAAUUCAGCGGCAGCCCAUAGUUCACCACAAGUUAAUAAAUCUGUAAAUCUUGCACAUGGCACUUCGGAACCACCAAAUGUGGAACUUUCACGUGAUGCACACAAUGUGAAAUCCUCUGCUUCCUCAGGUACAGCACAGGUGACUGUUAAGCCAUCUACUGUUUCUAUGGGAGAAAAGGUUGCAGAUUCCUCUUUGUCAAGUAGCUUGCUGGCUCUUGAAAAGGUUGGGUCAAUAAAACCUUCGAUGCCAGCUAGUGAGGUUAGCUCAUCUCAGUCUCAAAGGGACUUGGAUACUUGUCCAGAGAGCUCCGUACAGCAGGCUAAACCUGGAAAUGAAUCAUUGACAUGCAAGUCGUUACCGGCGGCAUCUAAACAUUCGGGGGGAGUUCCAGCAACUAACUUGGACGAGAGCUUGCCAUCUAAUUCUGUAUCUUCUGUUUCAGCUGCUACAUCGGAGGAGUCUAUGCCCGUUGUUGCCAGUAAUGAAGGCAGAAGGAAGGAGAGUUUGAGUAGGUCAAACUCUAUGAAAGAUUAUCAGAAGAAACCAGGCAAGAAAGGACUUAUUCAGCCACAAAAUCAGUCUACGUCAACAUCCAACUUGGCUUCCCCCACUGCAGACAUUGGUAUUUCCUCAGACAGUGCAGUUUCUGAAACUGUGGAGGCUAAAACAGCUGUAGCAUCAUCUGCAGCUACUGAUGUUUUGUCACAAUCUACCAGGGAAUUACCAUCAUUUAAUGAUGCUUCAACUUCUUACGUAGAACAGAAGACAGACAGCAAAAGAGAAGGCUUAACCUCAGUUUCAUCUGAAGUUCCUGGUACUGGCAGUAAUGUUGAUAGCUUGGACAUGGUUCAGCAUGCUAGGAUAGAUGGUUCUUCCAAGCUGGAUGAGCAACCAAAACCUGAAAUUAGUGGAAUUAAGGAUGAAGAGGAAAAAAUUUUGACUGAAAAGCACUUAAGGGACAACGCUAGCCUUGAGCUUCCUUCUCAACCAGUUCCAUUGAAACCUAUGGAGCUUAAGUCUGAUCAUGAACCUGCCUUGAAGUCUACCAACAAUGAUGUUCCAACCUCAGGAACUGCACAGGGGGUGCUUGGUGAAGAUGUGGGGUUUAACAUAGAAAAUGAGAGGGUCACUGACAGUGUAGAUGUCUCUACCUCUGGAAUUGCUGACCCUACAGAUGUUGAAGGUUAUCAUGUUGAUAUGACUUUGAGUUCAGAUGGUUCUUCAACUGCCACUGGUAGCAAUGAGAUCACUGUUACUAAAUCUAGUGCAUCAGACCAGCAAUCUGCUCCUGUCCCAACUCCAUAUCUCCCAGAAUCAACUUCAAAAUGUGAAGGGGAAGGUGUUCCGGUACCUGGUUCAAGGGACAAGCCUGUGCCAGAACUCAGUAGGACAAAGAGUACUUCAAUUAAAGGGAAGAAAAAAAGAAAAGAAUGUCUUCUGAAAGCCGAUGCUGCUGGGACAACUUCUGAUCUCUAUAUGGCAUAUAAAGGUCCUGAGGAAAAGAAAGAGACAGUCAUACCUUCAGCAAGUGCAGAAAGCAAUUCCAUUAGUGAUAAGCAGGCAUCUCAUGAGGCCCCUCAGGUGGAUGCCAUAGAAAGUGAGAAAAUUGCACCGAAUAAAGCUGAACCGGAUGAUUGGGAAGAUGCUGCUGACAUGUCUACACCAAAGUUAGAAACUUCAGAUAAUGGCGAAAAGGUCCAUGGAGGUUUAGUAGAUCAUGAGAAAGAUGGAAGUGGGAAUAUGGCAAAGAAGUAUUCCAGAGAUUUCCUCCUUAAGUUUGCAGAGCAGUGUACUGAUCUUCCACAGGGAUUUGAGAUAGCUUCUGAUAUUUCAGAGGCCUUGAUGACUGCCAAUGUCAAUGCUUUUCACCUUGUUGAUCGUGAUUCAUAUCCUAGUCCUGGAAGAGUAAUAGACAGGCAACCUAGUGGAUCUCGAUUGGACCGCCGUGCUAGUGGAAUUGUUGAUGAUGGCAGAUGGGUUAAAUCUUUUGGCCCAGGAAGGGAUUUGCAUCUUGAUCUCGGUUAUGGUGCUGCUGCAGGUUUUCGGCCUGGCCAUGGAGGUAACUUUGGUGUUCUAAGGCAUCCACGUGCACAAACACCUAUGCCAUAUAUUGGAGGGAUCCUUGCUGGGCCAAUGCAAUCUAUGGGUCCACAGGGAGGGAUGCCACGAAAUAGUCCUGAUGCUGACAGGUGGCCACGUGGUACUAACUAUCAGCAAAAGGGGUUGAUUCCUUCUCCCCAAACCCCAUUACAGAUCAUGCACAAAGCUGAAAAGAAAUAUGAAGUGGGUAGAGUGGCAGAUGAGGAAGAAGCCAAGCAGAGGCAACUGAAAGCCAUUUUGAACAAACUAACUCCCCAAAACUUUGAAAAACUCUUUGAGCAAGUAAAAGCAGUAAACAUUGACAAUGCAGUUACACUCACUGGUGUCAUCUCACAGAUCUUUGACAAAGCUUUGAUGGAGCCUACUUUCUGUGAAAUGUAUGCAAACUUCUGUUAUUAUCUGGCAGGAGAGUUGCCUGAUUUUAGUGAAGACAAUGAAAAGAUUACGUUCAAGAGAUUGCUGCUGAACAAGUGCCAGGAGGAAUUUGAGAGGGGGGAGAGAGAGCAAGAAGAAGCUAAUAAAGUUGAGGAAGAGGGUGAGGCUAAACAGUCUGAGGAGGAAAGAGAGGAGAAGAGAAUCAAGGCACGGAGACGAAUGUUGGGUAAUAUUAGACUUAUUGGGGAGUUGUACAAGAAGAAAAUGUUAACUGAGAGAAUUAUGCAUGAAUGCAUCAAGAAAUUACUUGGUGAAUAUGAGAAUCCUGAUGAGGAAGAUGUUGAGGCUUUGUGUAAAUUAAUGAGUACGAUUGGAGACAUGAUUGACCAUCCCAAAGCAAAGGUGUAUAUGGAUGCUUAUUUUGAGAGGAUGGCAAAGUUGUCGAACAAUAUGAAACUAUCUUCUAGGGUUAGGUUUAUGUUGAAGGAUGCUAUUGAUCUGAGAAAGAAUAAAUGGCAGCAGAGGAGGAAAGUUGAAGGGCCUAAAAAGAUCGAGGAAGUGCACAGAGAUGCUGCUCAAGAGCGACAAGCACAAGCCAGUAGGCUUGCUCGUGGUCCUGGCAUCAAUCCUGCUGCAAGAAGAGCACCUAUGGAUUUUGGUCCGCGAGGCUCUAUGUUAUCUUCCCCAGGUGCUCAGAUGGGUAGUUUCCGUGGGUUGCCAAACCAGCUCCGUGGUUUUGGGGCUCAGGAUGUUCGCAUGGAUGAAAGACAGUCUUUUGAGGCUAGGGCUUUGUCAGUUCCCUUGCCUCAAAGACCGAUUGGUGAUGAUUCUAUUACUUUGGGCCCCCAGGGUGGUCUUGCUAGAGGAAUGUCUUUUAGAGGACCACCAGCAAUUUCCAGUGCUCAAUUAGCUGAUGUUUCUCCAACUUCAGGAGAUUCAAGAAGAAUGGGUGCUGGUUUGAAUGGUUUCAGUUCUGUAUCAGAGCGAACUAGUUAUGGUUCUAGAGAGGAUCUCAUGCCAAGAUAUGUGACAGAUAGAUUUGCAGCACCAGCUGCUUAUGACCAGUUGAGUUCCCAGGAACGUGGCACAAAUUUUGGUCAUAGGGACUUGAGGAGCCCAGAUCGUAGUUUUGAUAGACCUCUUGCAGCUUCACCACCUGCACGAGGCCAAACAUCAGGUGUCACUCAAAAUAUUCCUCCAGAAAAGAGCUGGCCUGAGGAGCGCCUGCGGGAUAUGUCCAUGGCAGCAAUUAAAGAAUUUUACAGUGCUAGAGACGAGAAAGAAGUUGCUUUGUGCAUCAAGGAUUUGAAUUCCCCAAGCUUCCAUCCCACAAUGAUUGCUCUGUGGGUAACAGACUCUUUUGAGAGGAAAGACAUGGAACGGGAUCUUUUGGCCAAGCUACUUGUUAAUCUGACAAGGUCUCGUGAUGGUGUGUUGAGCCAAGUUCAACUCGUUAAAGGGUUGGAAUCUGUUCUCAGCGCAUUGGAGGAUGCUAUGAAUGAUGCCCCGAGAGCUGCAGAAUUUCUUGGUCGGAUUUUUACCAAAGUCAUCAUUGAAAAUGUGAUCUCCCUGAGGGAGAUUGGACGUUUAAUAUAUGAUGGCGGAGAGGAGCCAGGGCGUCUUCUAGAAAUCGGGCUUGCUGGGGAUGUUCUCGGAAGCACCCUGGGGAUAAUUAAAACAGAGAAAGGAGAAACCUUCUUAAAUGAAAUUCGAUCAAGUUCCAAUCUGCGUUUGGAGGACUUUCGGCCACCAGAUCCUAACAGGUCAAGCAUAUUAGAAAAUUUUAUUUAGAGGAUAAUGAUGCUCCUUGUAUUUCGUUAGAAGAAAUUCAUGCCUAGUGGCUCUAGGGGUACCAUGUCAAUUUGCGAAAAUAUUUUUGCGUGGGUGGGUGGGGAUUUACAUAUGGGUUUCUUCUUGGCCAUGUUUUAAUAUUAUUUCUUGGAAAUAUUCACUGCAAUUAUGAAAGAUCAAAUUGAGCAUCCAAAAUUGGUAACUCCCUGCGGCAACUUGCUCUUUCCUUCCUAGUGCCUAUACUGCAUCUGCAUCUUCAUCUUAUUUGUUAUCAUAUCGAAGCUCUUUGUAAUGGCAAGAUCAAGAUCCUUUGCCUGAGGUACCUGAGCCAUGGCCAGGAACUUGCAAAAUGAAAAUCUUUUGCCUCUGUCACCGCAUCAAUACACCCUGUCAAAGAAACCAUUGUGCCUUGUUUCUUUUGAGAAGCAAUAAAGGAAGGGUCUGUUAUUUUUUUUCA